AUGCGUAAUGAAUGUUAUAAUGAACUUUUCUUUACCCACUUUUAUCCUAAGUUUUCGCAUCUUUUAAGGGGCUUAGUACUAAAGACUGUUGGUAUCUGCAUCAUUUCUUCAUAUUUUACAAAAAUAAUUACCACUAAAUUAGCACAAUUUACAAAAUACAUCUUAAAAGAAGUUGCAACCUUAAACAUGACUGAACAUCGCUAACAGUAGCUUCUACACCGUAUAAUUUAUUAUUCGUUCAGGAAUGAAUCCUGGAAGGUGGUUGAAGUGAGGAUGAUGUUGAAGAUAGAUAAAAACUCAAGUGCCAAAAUAGCUUAAAACUUCUUUCUUUUAACUGUUUAUAAGAAAAAAAAAUCCAGCAAGAUUAUAAUAGCUUUCAGUCAUUGAUAAAUCAAUUAUCUAGGAUAAUUUAUUUACAAAUUCGGUCACUGAUAACUUCCAUCUGGAAGAAAAUUUCUUAACAAUGGGAAACUGUUUCACCUGCCUGAAAGCUGAAGCUUCAGCCUCUGGUGUGAAUCAAAACGACCCAGAAUCUCAAAAAAUCAGCCACGAAAGUCGAUUAGAAACAGAAGAGCUUUUACAAACGACAAAUUUACAAAAUACAAAAACAAAUCAUUUCGAUAGCAUCAACUGUAAAAAAUCUCUGGUCACGAAUGGUAGUGCUAAUAGUAAUUGUAGCUUAAUUGACGAUAAGCUAAUGAUUCAAUCAGAAAAGGAAUCGCAAUUAGCUGAUAACGCAAUCAACAAAUUGUUCGAAGAAUACAAAGACAAGAGCGAGGACGCAAUUCUUACCGAAGGUGUUGAAAGGUUGUGCCACGAUCUCAAUUUUGCUCCGGACAGUUUUCAUAUUCUAGUGCUUGCAUUUUGCCUCGACGCCAAACAAAUGUGUUAUUUCACAAAGCAAGAAUUCAUUCAUGGACUGAAGAAGCUCAACGCGACCACUAUAAACGAGCUCCGACAACGGCUGUUACAAAUCGUCGAUAAGCUGGAAACUGAUGUAGAUUUAUUUAAGCAAUUGUAUCGAUUUGCAUUUCAUUUUGGUCUUGAUGACGGUGCACGGAUAUUGUGUCUUGAUAUGGCAAUGAGUCUUUGGCGUUUGGUGUAUAGUAUUCACAAACCACCUGAUAAUGUUCUCGAACGAUGGUUGAGCUUUUUAGUAAAAGAGAACAUACGAGGAAUUCAACGUGAUACGUGGAUGAUGUUUCAAAAUUUCUCAGAAUCUUUCGAUCUUAACUCAUAUGAUUCUGAUGAAGCUUGGCCAUCCCUUUUUGAUGAUUUUGUGGAAUACGAAUCAGAUAGACUAAAGAAAUUAGAGUUGAAAGAACAAAAGCAAGAAGAAGACGACUCAAACAACAAUAUCAGGACUUUACUAAAUGACGAACAAUUCAAUAAUUCUGAUUCAUCUCUGGCCAAAUGACUUUGAUGAUAAUUUUUUUAACCACCCACACAUCGAAUUUGCUGUUACUCUCAAUAAUUUUUUUGUUCCUCGAAAAAUUUCUUUGAAGCCUUCAACAGCAACAGCGACUUGAUAUGACAUGAAAAUUUCAAAAUCAAAAUAUGUUUAAUUAAAACAUAAAAAUAAUCACAUACAACAUGAAAUUAUGUGCUGGACAAUUUGAUAAUGAAAACUUCUUUUACGAUUAAAUUAUGUCAUUUAUUUUAAGGAAUUCUUACUAUUUCUAUUGAUUGAAUUGUGAUGAUUAUUAUUAUUUUUUUUUUUUGAUUGAAACAUAAUUAAAGUAACGAUAAUGCAUAAAUUCAUUUGCAUGACUUCAUAUCCAUUCAAAUGUUGUAAUAAACUGCUGCUGCAAAUGGAAGAAAAUAAAUAAAAUGUAUAAUUUAUAAAAA